UUGGAAAAGCAAAUGUUUGCAGCGAAUUUGCUUUUAUUGUGAAGGAAGCGGACCGGAAGUGUACCAGUUGAUGUCGCCUGUUUUGAAUAUCCAGGCGAGCCAAGAUGGCAGAGUACCUGGCAUCCAUUUUCGGGACAGAGAAAGAUAAAGUCAAUUGCUCUUUUUACUUUAAAAUUGGUGCCUGCCGACAUGGAGACCGCUGCUCCAGAUUACACAACAAGCCAACAUUUAGCCAGACAAUUGCCCUGCUGAAUAUUUACAGGAACCCUCAGAACAGCGCUCAGUCUCUGGAUGGUCUGACCUGUACCGUCAGCGACAUGGAGAUGCAGGAGCACUAUGAUGAAUUCUUUGAGGAAGUCUUCACAGAGAUGGAAGAAAAGUAUGGAGAAGUGGAGGAAAUGAACGUGUGUGACAACCUUGGGGACCACCUCGUAGGAAAUGUUUACGUGAAGUUCCGUAAUGAGGAGGAUGCUGAGAAGGCGGUGAUAGACCUGAACAACCGCUGGUUUAACGGGCAGCCCAUCCAUGCGGAGCUCUCUCCUGUCACAGACUUCAGAGAGGCCUGCUGUCGCCAGUAUGAGAUGGGGGAAUGCACUCGUGGAGGUUUCUGUAACUUCAUGCAUCUGAAACCCAUCUCACGUGAACUCAGGAGAGAGCUCUAUGGACGUCGCAGGAAGGGCCGUCACAGGUCUCGGUCCCGAUCCAGAGACCGGGACAGAGGUCGAGGGGGCGGAGGCCGCAACCACGAGAGGCGCCGGUCCAGAGACAGAGAGCGUUCAGGAAGAUUCUGAGCAUUGACCACUCACCUCUCCAUCCCUGAAUCCAUCACUGUGUUGAUUUUUUUUAGUUUACCCUGCCUCAUUUGGAUUUACUGCUAGGCAGCAAGUUUUGACGAGUUGUGAAACUAACUUUCACCUCAUUAAAUUUCAAGUUUCUACUCAAA